AUGGUUUCAACUAAAUGGAAUAAUAUGCGAGAUUCGUGGAUUAAGACAAUAAAGAAACAAAAAGAUGAGUCAAAAUCUGGAUUUUUGGCCAAAAAGACACGUAAUUAUGGACAUCACAGACAAUUGAUGUUUUUGAAAAAAGUAACCGAACCUAGACCCCCUGAUAAGUCAGUUCCAAAGAAAGCAAGAACCGAGCCUGAAAUAGGCAUGGAACCUUCUUCUGCCGGAAACACACAUUUUCAUUUACCAUCUAAAGAUAAAAGAAAAAUUGAUAAUAAAGAGGUAAAUGACAAGAUGGUAAAGUUUUUGGGCUCUAGAAUAAACCCAGAAAAGGAAUACCAUCAUCUGUCUUUAUUCAAAGUCAUUAGGAGUAUUAAAGAAUUAACUUCAGAAAUUGAGAUGGCUGAACAAAUUGAAAAUGAUCAAUUGGCGGGGAAUUCCACUUCACAAGUGGAAGAAGGUCACGCUAUAGAUAUAUGGAAAGAUCAUUAUAAACUUGUUAACGAAAAGAAUAAUAUUUUAACUGGUCAACGUCACGUAUAUGCCUACGGAAUUAAAAUAUUAUUUAAAAAGCCCGGUAGC